ACAAAGAACUCGACGUAGUUGAAUGUAAAUAAACGAAGAUUUGACACAAACUUUUCACGUAAAUGGAAUCGCCAGCAAUUUUAAAAAAAGUAACAACAAUUAAUUAAAAACCGAAAUAAGAAUAAAUGAAGAAGAAAAGGCGAAAAUAUAAUUCUACAUUGGAAUAUUUCAUAUCAGUUAAGUUCGAUAGCAUAGGAAGCAUAUAGUUUACAAUUUACGACUCGCAAUAUAAUUUUGACAACUACAUACAUUAAUGUCAUAAUAUGUACCUGAAAUAUAUUUUUGUCGCACUUAGAAAAUGACUCUCGAAGACAGACCUAUUUUAAGAAGGCAACGAGCUCAGCCCAGAAGAUCCUCGAAAGACAACCUCGAAGUAGAUAUACGUAAUGGAAGUGCGGGUAACAUCGCCAAAAAUGAAUACGUAUUUUCCAGUUCCCCUCGAGCGUUAUACACAAAUAGAAAAAUGUAUAAAGGAAGUGAUGUGCCGUACGCUAACGUUAUGUUCGAAAGAAGAGUUUUCAGAGGAACUAAUUUCGGAGCAAAUAAAUGCGAAGGUGACGGCGAAUCGGCCGCAGCGAGAGCCGCGGAAGCUCAAAGAAGAGCAAAAGCAAGAACACGUGCCCAAAAUAUGAAAGUGUCUUUACGACUUGGUUCUCCUCCGGCGAUUUCUGGUAGAAAACACGAACGGAUACAAACCGAGAAUUAUUUGGAAGAAAUAUUCGUAACUCCACCCGUCGCCGAUAUAUGCACACAGACAGAUUUAUUCUUAGAGAGACCAGUAUCUCCAUUUUAUGUUCCCGCCAAAACCGGCGCCGAUGUAGAAACACAAAUUUAUCCUGGUGAUUUGUUCGAUUUCGAUUUGGAAGUGCAACCAAUACUCGAGGUACUUGUGGGUAAGACAAUAGAACAAUCAUUAAUAGAAGUUUUGGAAGAGGAAGAAUUAGCAGCCCUUAGAGAACAACAAAGAAAAUUCUUGGAAAUAAGGGCCGCCGAAACUGCCGAAGCUUUGAGGUUGGAAGAAAGAGAAAAGAGAUUAUUCAAAGAAAAAGAACGAAGAAUGGCAGAACUGGAAGAAGGAUUGAAGAAUCAAAAAGAGAUGGAAGAAAAGAUAGCAGCAGCUGUAUUGAUGCAAGGAUAUUUAGCAAACCUCCUUCCUUCAGUGUUAGAAGGUUUAGAAUCAGACGGCUUCCUUUUGGAUAACAUCAAACAAGAUUUGGAAGAUUCAUUUAUGCCUUGGUUACUUAAAGAAGUCACAGGGGAGAUGCAAGAUAUGGUUAGUAGUAGAGAUAUUCUUGCUGAUAUAGUUAGGGAGAUUUUAGAAAAUCGUGCGGAUUUAUACGUCGCAUUGGAUAAAGAAAUCGUAGAAGUUGCCGAAGAAGGUACGGAUAAUAUUCAAGAUGAGCAGUUGCAAGAUCAUAUGAAAUUACAAGAAGAAAUUCGAAAAAAAUUGGAGGAAAAUCAAUCAAAAUAAGAAUUUUAUAUUGUUUUUAGACACGUAAAUUUCUAUGUAAAUUGUUGAAUCAAAUAAAUAUAGUUUUUUCAA